GAACACUAUACGAUAGUUUACCGGCCUACUGUUGAUUCACCGUCAACGCCACCCCCGGAUUCCGCCCAUAAACCCGAUACCUAAAUUCGCCUUCGGAUACUCGUCAGUCAAACAGCCUGCCCACCAUGGCCGAUCCCUUCGAAGUCCGCCAACGCUUCACAACGCUACUCUCACACCUGAGCGCAUCCCACACAUCGCUCCAAAAAGCUGCUUUAUACGCGCUGAAAAACCGCGAAAUGGACGAAGACUUGCAUUCCUGCAUCCUGGAGCAGCUCGAGCGUAAUAACAUGAACAUACGCGCAAACAUCAUGUUCUUCAUCGAAUGUCUCUGCGAAUAUGCGGUCAAGGAAAACAACGCGGGAGACAGCAGUGCAAUGGGCUAUGUGCGCAUGCUACAGCGCGACAUUCUCGCCGUCGUCGAGUGUGUUGUGGGCGAAGAAGGCGCAAACAUCCGUGUUGUGCGCAAAGUCCUCAAGACGUUGGAGAAUCUGAAUAUCCUCCUGCGAGAAACAGUACAGGAACUCGAAGCUGUGCUCAAGUCAAGAGAAGUGGCCCACCCGUUCAUGGCGAUGGAUAUUGGAGGUGAGGGCAAAGAUAGCCCCGCGGCUGGCGCUGGCAAGAAUGGAGGGCAACGCAUGGAUAAGCGCCAGAUUGAGCAGAGGAUUGAGGAGGAUAGGGAACGGCAUAAGAGACUGAGAGAGAGUAUCUGGGCUGUUCCCGGAGAUGGUUAUGAAGAGUUCGAGAAGCUGUGGGAGGAGGCGAGUGAUGUUAAUGAGGAUGAUUAUGUCACGGCGCGAGAAGACGCGGAGGAGAGGCGAAAAGUCAUUGCAUAUGGGUAAGAUCCAGACAGAGAUGGGGAGAGUUCGUUCAAAAAAAGUGAGAUACACUAGUGGAAAUGACACGGAAGAGUAAGUACACGAAACCCCUGUGGAUUGGAGUUGCAGUGCAUAAUCGGGUGAGUGGCUGGAAGGCGUUCACGGGACUUUAUCACAGCAUAGUACAGGCGUUAUGG